AUGCCACAAAGGCCCGUCGGCCCAUCUGCCAAUCUCGCCCAGGCAUUCGUGUCCUUGGUCGUGUUGGUCUUCUUCUCCAGAAACCUCGGCUGCUUGGACCAGGAGCUUUCAUAUAUAGAAUUCUUCGCUGGCAAAGGGAAUGUCUUCAAUGCCGUUAAGGAGGUUUAUCCUGCUGCCGCUGUCGACUUGGAGUACUUGCGUGACCCUCGCUUCAAGCGCAACAAUCCCAUGGACCUUAAUUCUGAUUCAGGUUUAGCGCUGGCGAUUUGGCUUGUUUUACAGGGCCGUCUUGACUCCUUCUAUGUGCUCUUGGCCACCGUGUGCUCUAGCUGGGUGCCGACCAAUGCUGGGACAAGCAAGAGAAGCGUUAUCUAUGCUGAAGGUAACACCAAGCUGCCUUACAUAGCCGAUGCAAACUGCCUCACCUCCCGGUCGAUCUUGAUAUGCCUCCUCGUCUGCUGCCUUGGGGGAACAUUCCUACUGGAGCAGCCGGGGUCCAGCUUGAUGCGUUAUUACUUUCGCUGGGUGUGGCUUCGACAAAAGAUUCCUGUGUUUCGUGUCGCAUGGUGGAUGAAGAUGUACGGGGCACCUACCGCCAAACGACACCAGGCGUUCACAAACAACCCUUAUGCCGAAGAGUACAACCUGGGGAAACUAAAGCCAAGCCGCUACAAGUCGAAUGUGAAGACAGUCCGCAGAUGGGUGGACAAAGCUGGGAAGAAGAGAUGGGCCGGUAC